CGCGAUUCCCGUGCGCGACACUUGCUCAGCAGAGUUCGACAGAGCUCCAGAGAUCGCCAUGAUUCCAAGUAGGGGUAUCGCGCGGCUCAGCCCGGGUCUCUCGUUCCAGAAUCAGAUAUUCUCGAGGGCUCCAGGUCGCUCAUUACCGCGACAGGCCAUCUCAGUCGCCAGCACACGGCAGUUUGGGACGACUCUCAAGGCCAAUGGCAGGCUACUGCAUGGCGCCUACCCGGCCAGCAUCUCCUCCGGGAGCAGAAUAGGCGCUGCCACCAUCCUCUCCUCCCAGUCCAUCCUCUUCUCGUCGACACGACAGGCCCGCUUCGCCUCCACUGGCUCUGGCUCUGCCCCUUCACCGGCAGAGUCGGCCGCCUCCUCGACUCCUUCCGACUUUCCCUCCGACUUCUCCUCUCUCGGGGAUCUCGAUCUCGGCGCAUCUCUCCUCAACACCCCCGAAACCAUCGGCUACCUUCACAACCUCGGCCUCGACUAUGGCUGGGGCCCGACAGCCUUCAGCCAAUGGAUCGUCGAGCACCUUCACAUAUGGGGCGGUCUUCCCUGGUGGGCAUCCAUCGUCGGCUUCGCAGCAAUCGUGCGUCUCCUCCUGGCACAGCCCUCCUUGGUUGCCCAGCAGGAGAGCGUAAAGAUGAACAAGUUGCGCAAGGACCCGCUGUUCAACUCGCUCCAGGAAAAGUUCACGCUGGCAAUAGCAGGCGGGGUCACCAUGACCCAGGCCGAGAUGAUGCAGCUACGCAUGCAGAUGAACAUGAUACGCGAGCGCCAUGGCGUAAAGACCUGGAAGACGUUCGUGCCCAUGCUGCAGAUGCCCAUCGCCUUCGGCAUGUUCAGGCUGUGCACCGGUAUGGUUAACCUGCCUGUGCCGGGCCUCGAAACUGCGGGAGCACUCUGGUUCACAGACUUGACGGCCCCUGACCCCUAUAUGAUACUGCCGCUUGUCAGCUCCGUCAUGAUGUAUCUCAGCAUUCAGCGCGGAAUCCCAUACAUGAGCGCCCAACAAGCAGGCUUUAUGAAGAUCGUGCCGUUCGUUCUUGGCCCUGUCAGUUUCAUCAUCACUUACAAGAUGGGCGCCGCCGUGCAGUUGUACUUCGCCGUCACCGCCAUCUUCCAAUAUCUCCAGACAACUUUGUUCCACGUCGGCUGGAUCCGCAAGGCCGCUGGACUUCCGCCCCUAGAGGAGUUGAAGCAUAACGCGAGCGGCGGCCCGGUCCCCGGCGCUGGCUCCCCUGGAUCGAUGCAGUACCAGGCUCCCCGUACUAUCAACACUACUGCCACAGAGGCCCCUACAGGAACGGACAAUCCCGUUAAGGCGUUCAAGGAGGCGUGGGGUGGCAUCAAGGAAAAGAUAAAUAAGCGGAACGAGAACAACGCGCAGAAGAGCACGCAGAAGACCGCUGUCGAUUACGAGAAGAAGAGACUCCAGCAGGAGCACGAGCAGUUCCUCAGGAGGCGUGAGGCGGCUAGGAAGGAGGCUAUGAGACACGAGAGGAAGUAGGCGUUUGCAGAAGUGAAUUCAGACUCAAGACAGCACAAGCUUGGGAGCCUUACGCAUAGCCCCGAGAGGUGAUGGCGGGUAGGAUCGCCACCAGAUCUUGACACCUGCCGCUAUAAGAUCAGAGGAAGAAAUCUCGGCAGCAGACCGGAGCGACGGCAACACUGCCUACAUAUGUAGAAAACCAUACUCCAAAAUCUAUUGUACAACAUCA